ACUUCUUAAACUUCAGGCAAUGAAUGUAGCGAAGAACAAAAAAGCCCUGAAUACAAUCAGCGGUGAGAUGCAGAAAAUGUCAUUGGCCUUUCAGCGGAUUUAUCAAUUCCUUGAGGAACAGAAGCAACUGCUGCUGGACCAGUGGAAGUCACUCCAGACAGCAGUUAAGGAACAGGAAGUUCGUACUGCCACAAUUUCAGAGGAAAUUUCUUGCCUGGAUAGCCUUAUCACUAUGGCAGAAGGAAGAGGGCCAACAGUAGAGCUUGAGUUUUUACAGAAGAUGCAGGCUGCAUCAAUGAGGCAAACUAAAUGCCAAGAGUUAGAUGGUCUUCUUCCUGAAGUGGAAAAAGGGCUUGCUAAUCAAACAAGACAAAAUGAGGUUGUCACACAUACUCUGAGGGAAUUCGAAGCUACUCUAUCUUCUGAACUACAGAGAGAUCCUUCAAAAAAGAGGAAAUUGAAAGACCGAAUAGCCGAUGAUGCUUUUGAUUGUAGCCCAGAGAGUGGAAUGUGUCUCUCAUCAUCUGAGCAGCCUGAUAAAAGGGCACCAGCAGGAGACAGUAAGUGCAUCACAAGGGUUUCCACCUGUAUUUUGUGUUUUGCCCGGCUUUCUCAGCUUUUAUUUUAAAAAAAAACCCACACAAAAACAAAUGUACCUCUGAUAUAAACAAUGGGUACAAAGGCUAAGUUCUCCAUUUUUGUUAUGCGCUCUCCCGUUAUCAUUUUAGUGUGAUUGCAUAUGGUAAUUACAUCUGCAGACAUCAGCAACUGAUACUAUUAUGGAAAGCUGGUAUAAAGGAAAAAAAAUUAUCUCCUUAAACAUUGGUACCAGAGUCUGCAGGAAAAAAGUCGUAAUAAUCAGCUUCAGCAGGGUCUCGGGUGCUGUGAAAUAAAUCCUCAAGAUUCUACCCACUUUCUAAUGCUCUUUUUUCCUCCUCUCGUCUAGCUAAGAAGAAAAAAUCAUGUUCACUAUUCUAGGUGGAAUUAUGUACAAAUUAUGGUAGCGAUACCUCAGCAGAAGCAACACAUCCACUGCAUUAGCUUCUGUAUUAUAUAAAAAAUGUUUCACAUCUGUGUCAGAUUGCCUGUUUUCUCCUUUCAAACAACUUUGCUAUCAAACAUCAAUAAGAGAGUGAAAAGAAGAUCAGUAUAUAAAAUGUUUGGGUUUGUCUUGUGCUUUUGGAUUCUUUCCCUACUUGCAUUUAACAUGACACAGUUUUUUCCAGCAAUCUUUUUUUCAGCCACAUAUUUAUAAUAUUCUGUUUAUCUGAUCCCCAAGCAGUUUAAAGUUGCCCUGAGCUUUUAGUGUUAAAGUAGCCUUUAAAUUAAAUUUGUGUAUUGGUUUGUGGUAUAAAUGCUAAUAGGUUAAAAAAUUAUUAGUCUCAAAUAUGAGAUAGGAGACAUAAAGAGGAAAAAAGAGGAAAUACUAAGUGUGGAAAUAAAAGAAAUCUUGGCUAUUAAAUUUGAGAUUCUAAGAUACUGGAGAAUUACUAGAAAAGUAAGAAUAUUACUUCGUAUUAUUAAUUGGUUGAUGCAGACGGUGAGAAUCAUGUAUAGAUCAGAGGUAUAUCUGGAACUUUAGACUUUGGGGAACCAUGAUAGAAAUUGGGGUCAUUUAAAAUUUGGAAAUGAAAAAGAUUAAACGUUAAAUUUAAAAUAUUAAUGGAAAAUUAAAAUUAAGAAAAAUUUAUUAGGUCACUGACUGUC